GUUCGCCAGUCAUUAGUCGGCGGGCAUACAGAAAGUACAUACAAUAUAAGUUGACACAGAUAAAAUUGACGAAUACAUACAUACAUAUGUACAUACAUAUACAUAUAGUCUGACCAUGGGCCUUGAUAAGGACAGUGAUAUUUUGCGGCCACUUACCGGCGGUGAAGUGGAUGAACUGCUCGAUCUCUAUAAAGUUAAAUAUGGUGUAAAGAAUUUCCAUUACCUGCUGCUGUAUAACCAGCGAAAGUGGGAUUGUCAGCUGGAUGAGGCUAAUAUACAGCGCGAUGAUCCAAGCUAUAUAUCCCUCAGAAAGCAAUUCUUCACUCACCGAAGUGGGGACUUCCGGGUGUGGGGAACCUAUGUAAGCCUGCAUCGGGACAUCGUGCAGAGCGUCUCCUUCUUCAGCUGGCAAACUGAUGGAGCUACGGAGAUGUGGGAGUGCUUGGAGGAAACACAGCUCAUCGAGUGGACACAGGGCGCCUUGCUGACCAACGUGGAUCUAGAGUUUUGUGACCGGGUCAAAGAGUUGGCCAUCAAACGGGGUGUCACCUCCAUUCAACCGCGUCAGUGCUUCGGAAUGGUUUUGCCGCAUGAUAGAGCGAUAAGUGCGGAAGUUCCAGAGCUUCUUGCAGAGUUCGACAUUCGGAAUCUGAGGGACGAGGAUGCAGCCAUAGUGCACGAAACAUGGCCUAAUAAGACCGAGGGCUCACUCACUUACCUCCGGGCGCUAAUCCGAUUCAAUAAAUCCCUGGGAGUAUGCAGAAGCGACACUGGAGAAUUAAUUGCAUGGAUCUUUCAGAACGACUUCUCCGGGCUGGGCAUGCUUAAAGUGUUGGCCAAGGCGGAGAGAAGGGGACUGGGUGGCCUCUUGGCAGCAGCGAUGACCCGAAGAAUUGCGCGGGGUGAGGAUGUCACCCUUACUGCUUGGAUUGUAUCCUCUAACUGGCGGUCGGAAGCUCUUCUCAAGAGAAUAGGGUACCAAAAGGAGCUAGUCAACGAGUGGAUUAAGCUGGUGCCCAAUCCCCCGUGAUCGGGUCAUUCACCAGCGGACUGGUGACGGUUGUGGAUAUUUCUUAGGAUAGUUGGAUAUACCACAAACAGGUUAGGUCAAUAAGCAAACAAGGUGAUUUGAAUUUGAUAUGCCUACAUAUGUAUGUACAUGGACAACCGUUUUAUUUUGGCAUUUAACAUGCACUCUUGCUUUCCGAAUACACUUUAGGUCUUAAUAAAAUUCAAAAACAAACGUGAAA